CCAAUCAAACCAGUUAUGUUAUAUUAUCAAAAGACAGCAGACACUUGCGUUUCGCUUAAAUCUGGUCAGUUUGUGUUCGGGCUCCGUGAUGAGCUGCUGUUAGCUUAAUGCUAAUGUUUAACUUUUACAGCACUUUCACAGUAACUCCACACACCGUUACAUCCGCAUUCGUCAGCUAGCUAACAGCUAAUAACGUUACGUUAACUCUGAGCUCAUCUGGGCACAGCUGCAGCCAGCUCUCGGAACAGAUUAGAGACAUCACUGUUAUAAAACAUGGACAGUGAUCGGGAGAAGAAGCAGCUGUCUAGGAUGUAAAAGAGUUGUCGGAGAAGUCAAGGUUUUUGCCUCACCCCCUGAAGCUGGAUUUUGAGGGUUCAGCGAUGGAUUUUCACCAAUAAGUUUUCCUUACUUCACAGAGCUUAUACACUUGAUUCACUGUUUUGUUCGGCAGCAUGUUUCGUCGCCAUGGGAUGACUGGUCUGAAACUGUGACUCACAGUAUUUCUGCUGAAAUGUCCUGCACAGACGAAAUACCUUAAACUAGAACUAACAGCAUCUACAGUUGCCAUUUUACUAUUUGACAUCAGCGCAGUCACACAGCCAUGGGCUUCUGUUCACCUGUGUGCAAGAUUUUGCGGAGGGGAAAGUAUUUUGUACUGCUCCUUCUCUCGCUCUCAGUGCUUGCAUGGAUCGCGACUUUUUCAGGCGAAACAGUGAAAUCUGGACAGGUUUCCUCUGCCACGCCACAGACUCUUGCCAAAGGAGACACCCUAAGGGAUAAAGUCAACACUUGGACAGCGGCACCCGAUCACGUAAACACUCCAGCACCAAAAGAAGAAUGUCCUGAGGAGUCACCAUUGCUGCAGGGAGCUGUGAAGCUGUCAUUUGAAUCCUCUCUGAAACUGAAGGAUGUGGAGAGUGAGAACAAAGGAGUGACUGAGGGUGAAUACGAGCCCUCGGACUGUACAGCGAGGCAGAGCGUAGCCAUCCUCGUCCCUCAUCGCAGCAGAGAGAGACACCUCCUCUACCUCUUACACCACCUGCACCCCUUUCUGCAGAGGCAGCAGCUACACUACGCCAUUUAUGUCAUCCAGCAGGCUGGUGAUGCAACUUUCAACCGUGCCAAGUUACUCAAUGUCGGGUAUUUGGAGGCACUGAAGGACUACAGUUGGGAGUGCUUCAUCUUCCAUGAUGUGGACCUUGUUCCUGAAAAUGAUCAUAAUUUAUAUGUCUGUGACAAGCAGCCCAAACACUUGGUGGUUGGCCGGAACGCCACAGGAUACAAGCUGCGUUACAAAGGCUACUUUGGAGGAGUCACAGCUAUGACCAAAGACCAGUUUUUUCAAGUGAAUGGAUUCUCAAACACGUACUGGGGUUGGGGUGGAGAAGAUGACGACCUUCGCAUCAGGGUGGAGCUGCAGAAAAUGAAGAUUGUGCGUCCGCCUGCUGAUGUGGCUCGCUACACCAUGGUGUUUCACAAACGGGACAGUGGCAAUGAAAUAAACAAAGACAGGAUGAAGUUGUUGGGACGAACACCACAGGUGUGGAGAAAGGAUGGACUGAACAGCUGCUCAUAUAAGACUUUGUCGAUAGAGAGGUUUCCUCUUUACGUGAAUGUUACUGUGGACAUUGGUAAGCCACAGAGUUGAGAUUUCAAACAGGAACCCCCCCUCCGCUGUGACCAAAAAUUAUUUUAUAUUUUCUACGGUAUGUUACGGCCACUGAGCGCAGGAAGGCGACUACAUGUGUACAAGACUCCAUAUUAAGCACACAAAAUGCACAUUGUUUGAAUUAGUUUACAUUAUGAAAUUAAGUGCACAUUUCUGCAUAUCAUGCUGCCUUUAAUUCUCCAUAUUGUUACCAGCCUGCAAAACAAAAUCAGUGAGAGUUUUUUUUUUUCUUUUAAGUAAUAAUUGGCUUUGGUCAAAUAAGGAAAUUGCUGCAAUACAGCUGCCAGACUUUGAUUAACUUAUUCAUAUGCCUCAUUAUUUGCCUGCAUAAUAUAAUACAGCAUAAAACAUGCUGAUAUUGGACAAUGUGUAUUUUGUGUGCUUCAUUCUACAGCUGCAUCGACUUUUUCUAAACAUCUACAGACACAAGCGUCGUCACUUGUUUUGCCUAACUCGAUCUUGUCUUAGGAGCGUCUGUGAGGCACAGAUUGAUCUCCCUUUUUUUGUUCCUGUAAUAUUUCUAACUAGCAUGUGGUGACCUCACACAUUUCCCAGAAGCCUAAUCAGAUAAACUGAGAAAAUCUCUUUGUAGGUGUGCAGAGCCCUUAAGAUUAAGUUAAUGUUUAGAGACAUCACCCCCCCCCCAUUAGAGUCGUCAUUGCUUAACAGUGUUGAAGCACAGUUGAUGUAAUCAGGCUUUUUAGGUACGGAUCACAAAAAUAAUCUUUAAUAUCUAAAUAUAAAUACAUGAAAUCAUUUAAAUGAAUUACAAACAAAAUGAUUACUAAGUAGCUAGGUAGCAACACCGUUUCUAGGUUAAAUGCAUCUUUAUCUGCGGAGUCUAACCAUUGGUUAGUCAGUGUUCUGGCAAAAACAAUAAUUAGAGAAAACACAAAACAAAGUAAAGGCCGUUUUUAUGUUGUUGUUUUUUUUUUAAGAAUAUUUUUUGGGGCUUUUUGCCUUUAAAGGACAGGACAGAUUGAAAUGGGGUGAGAGAGAGUGGGGGUUGACAUGCAGCAAAGGGUUGCAAGCCAGAGUCAAGCCUGCGACUGCUGCCGCGAGGCAUAGCCUCUGUACAUGGGGCGCCGGCACUAUCCACUACGCCACCGACGCCCUGUUUCUAUGGUUUGUUGACUGAUACAAUAAUAGCUGUCUGAGGCCUUGGAUGGCACGGUGAUGCAGUGGCUAGCACUUUCACCUUACAACAAGCUGGUUUGGGGUUCGAACCUGUGCCCAUCUGUGUGGAGUCUGCAUAUUCCCCCAUGUUAGCGAGGGUUGUCUCAGAGAAAACCUUCAAAGGUCAGGUUACAGUAAUUGUUGACUGUGUGUGUGUGUGUGUGUGUGUGUGUGUGUGUGUGUGUGUGUGUGUGUGUGU